AAAGAUCUUUUGACAAAACAAAAUGACUUGAAGAAACAGCAGCAAGCCCAGGAUGCACUCAAUUCAAAGAUUAAAGCUAUGGAAAGCAAAUUAUUAGUUGGUGGUAAAAGCAUCGUAGACCAUACAAAUCAACAGGAAAAAGAAUUGGAAAAGAAAAGAUUGCUAUUAGCAGAGCAACAGCGUAAAGAGAGAGAAAUGGAACAAGCGUUGGAAGAGAAACAUGACAUAAAUCAAGUCCUUGUAGAUACUUACAGCUCCCUCCAACAGGAAGUUGAUAUCAAGACCAAAAAUUUAAAAAAGGUAUGUUUUCAAUAAUAAUGUCGGUGGUGGA